UGAUCACCACCACUCCACCGCUAUUAAAUGGGAGAAACGCUUGCGUUACAGACACGCGCAUCACUAGUUGCUGGCAUACUUAUUUAAUUUGUCGCGAACCACACUAUUCAAUAUUCACUAUUGUUGCCGGUACAUUUCACUGCUACCGUGUUUUCUUGGCUUCAUCACCGUUCGACUGUUAACCAAAUUAUUAUUAACUCGAAUCAGAAAUGGCCGUAAACAAAGGAGAUGCCCCUGAACUGAUAACACUUCGUUUUGAUAGCCUAACUGAUGAUAUUAAAAUGCAAAUCAAGAUCAGUAAUGACACUCCUUUUGAAGGGAUCAUGAAAUGUUAUCGUAAAAAUUUUGGUAUAAAUAAACGAUUCCUUUAUGAUGGAAAAGAAAUUUCUGAAUCUGAUACACCGCUUUCGAUAGGGAUGGAAGAUGAAGAUUCAAUCGAAGUCGACAAUGGGGUCUAUUAAAUGAGCCUAUCUACUUAUUAUAAUUAUUCAUAAAUAAAGGUCAAGUCUAGUAAUUGAUUAA